AUGAUCAUCACCUGGUUGAAUGACAUGGUAGCACAAGCUCGGGGAACUUCCUCGUCUUCCUCUGCCUCUUCCACGACCCUGCCUCCGGGGGAAGCCAUCGGACGAGCAGUCCGAAACCUUGGCCUGGCACUCAAAGGGAUACAGACAGAGGACCGUCCAGAGCACUGGAUCCAACUUGCCGAAACCGUGAUGUUCUUGGAAGCAGUCCGAAAGGGCGAGGCUGUGGCACACCCUGCAGACGUCAUGGCUGCCACGCGGGGGAUUUUGACCUCCAACCUGGCCCGAGAAAGACGGCAGCGACGCGCGCGGGGGAUGAUACUGGAUCUACAAGAUCUUCGAAACCACCUUGCCGGGGGAAGCUCAGAGGAACUCAACGCGGUGCAUGCAGCACUCCUCCGUGCCCUUGACGAGGUGGAAGAGUUAAUGUUUCCAGCCGCGGGGGAGACGCUGCCACCUGCACCGCUGGACACGGCUCAGUCCCCACCAGCACAGGGGGAAUGGUGGCUACAUGAUCGCCACCAUGGACUAGGCAACGCCCCCGGGGAAGUACCACGCAGCCCGACCGUGGCAGUUGCCAGUGAAGACGGGGAAAGCAUGACCAGCCAUCGUCGACGACGGCAGCGCGCUGCCCUCCUCGACGACUGA